AUCGACGCAAACAUCGGCAGCAUUUGCGACAAGUUGGCAGCACCAGAUGAAAAAAUAUCAUAUUAACGGCAGCACGAAUGGGGUGGAAUGCAGAAUGCAGAAGAACGCGACGCUUGUGUUUUUUCGCUGGCAUCUAACAAAAAAAAUGAAAUUCAACUGCGCUGUGUACAAUUUGAAGAACUGAGCGUGCAAAACAAAAAUAAAAAUAGAAAUAAAACAAGGAAAUAAGUUAAGCAACACAAUAAUCGAUAGACACGUGAAAGUGAAGAGCCGUACGGCACAAUCAAAUACAAAAUACAAAUACAAUGGUCAAGAAGGGACGGCCCAAUGCGAAGCGCAACAAAAAAACUAAAGAAAAGGAAAAUGAAAACGACAAGGAACAGCGCAGCGUCGAUGCGGCGUCCAUUGCUGCCGCCGCUGCCGCAUCGACCAGCAGCAGCAGCAUCGGCAACAGCAGCCGCAGCCUUGCCAGCGAGCGUCGCACCGUGGGCCAAGGGCCAAUGUACACAAUCCUCUCGAAUGCACAGCUUAACGAGACCUUCCACAAGCGCUACAUCAAAGAGCUGAAGCAACUGUACUCGAAGCUGGACCACGACGCCUUCAUGUUCACGUUCAUCAAGAUGUUCAAGACGGUGCUGGAGGCGGACGAGGGCAACGAGUAUGGCAAUACGGCGCUUGCAUUCUGCGCCAAGUUCGUCACCAGCUUCGAGUCGGAAAAAACACAUCCCAUACUGGCGGAAACCUUCUGCUGGCUACUAUCGACAAUUUCCAAUAGCCCGCACAUACGCUAUCGCAUUUGUUUCUUCGUGAAUCUCAUACUGAAACAUCUCGGGCCGUAUGCGGCCUUAGAUGACUCGCAAUGCGACCAGAUUCUCCACUAUAUGCUGGAUCGGCUGAAGGACAUGUCUCCCAGCGUGCGCAAGGAGGCGGUGCUGGCCAUGCAGCGACUACAGGUGCCGGAUCAUCCCAACGAUCCGGUGUUGUGCGCCUAUCAAUAUCAUUUAAGCUCGGAUCCGUCGUCCAGUGUGCGGCAGUGCAUCAUCUCGUGCAUGGGCCGCAACUAUCUAACAGUGCCACACAUACUGCAGCGCCUUUGGGACGUGGACGAAAAGGUGCGACGCCACACGUACAUCAACAUGUGCAACUAUCCGGUGCGCUCCUACAAAGUGUCACAGCGCCUGACGCUGCUCGAGCGUGGACUCAACGACAGUUCGGAGAAUGUGCGCAAGAAUGUCAUCAAGUAUAUGCUCAAGGCCUGGAUCGAAUCCUACCAGCAGAACUAUAUACAGCUGACGGCUGCGCUCAAGCUCGACUCCAACGAGGAGGAGCUCAUGCGCUUCAGACGUGUCGCCCGCCAAAUGUUGUUCGUGAUCUUCGAGCAGACCGCCAACAGUGAGCUGCUCGCCCAGCUGCCGCUGACCGAGGACUGUGAUCUGCAUCGGUGCGUGCCGCACGAGGCACUCACCGUCGAGCUCGUUCUAUACUGGCAGUGCCUCAGUGGCUACCUGCAGCAGACGCAGGCCGACGAAUUCGAGCAGGUUCUGCCCGAGUUGAGCGUCUUUUGCGAUUAUGUGAAAAAGUUCUGUCAGUUCCAGAAGCCGGAUAUGGACAAAUUUGCACAGAUCGAAUUCCAGAGCAUGAUGCUGUCGCUGGUGGAAAUACUACAGACCUACGAUCUGGGCGAUGAGAUUGGUCGUGCCAAUCUGAAAGAGCUGAUCACGCAUCUGCUGAGGGAAUGCCUGCUGGAUCACAAGAUUGUGGCCGUGCUGGUGCGCUGCGCGGAACAGCUGGUGAGUGAUGUGGCCACGCGGAUGCAGUACUUCAUCGAGAUCAUCUAUGAGAUAUGCGAACUGAAUGCCAAGCAAAAUGAUUUUGUGCACGAUCGUGAGCUAACGGAUAAGCUGCUCGACAAUGUUGAAACAUCGCUGGUUAUGAAGAUUCGAUCGCUAAAGGUGAAAAUUCUGGAACUCGAGGAAAUGGAGGAGAACUUUGUGCGACAAAAAGAGUAUAUGCGUGCGCAGGCCGUCAACGAUGAGCGCAUGACCGUCACGGAUGAGUACAGGGAUUUGAUACAGCCGCUGCUCGAGAAACAUGGCGAGCUGGAGCUGCCGACGCGCCCCAAGCUGUCCAAGCAAGAGCGCGUCCUCAAGGGCCUGUACAUAUCCUUCUACAUGGUCGCCUCCGAGCAUGUGCACACUCUGAAUCCCAGCAUCUGCAAGCUCUACAAGGACUUCAUUUGCCGGCAUUUGGCUUCGACGGAAUUGGACAUAUUCGAGUGGGCCAUCAAGUGCGGCACCACGUUCAGCAUUCUGUACGAGGCUUACACCAAGGAAGUUUUCGAUGUGCUCGUGGACGAAUUUUAUAAGAACAACAACUUGCGCCUCUGCGAAAUAUCUGCACAAUGCGUGUGCGAGCUGAUGGAUCACUAUGGCGUGGACUACUUCAUGGAUCUAAAUCAGUCCGUUGCGGGACAGGGACUGGCGCCCAAAUCUAAACGCCGCCUGCUGUUCACCAUGCAGGACUUUGACGGCGAGGAGGACAGAAGUCAAUCGCAAGGCAACGAUCAGAAUACGGACAUCAUCAGCAUGAUGGGCUUCUUUGUCGAAAAGGUCGUCGACAAGGGCAUUCUGCUGGCUAUUGUGCGCGGACUGUGUCGCUUGGUGUUGCGCGGACAUCUGGACAAUCGCACCGAUGUGCUGGAGAAGCUGCUCAAGCGUUACUUUAAUCCAAACACAGAGCCCAUCAUUAGCCAGGUGCUGGGCAUGUUCUUUGAGAAUAUUGUGGCGCAAAAGCUGCAGCACCUGCUCGAGCCCUGCCUGCUGCCCAUUGUUUGGUCCGUGAUGAACUGCAGCUACGAUUCGCUGCUAAACGAUGUCCUGCCCGAACAUGUGACCAAGUUCUUCAUUGAUCUCACAGUUCAAGAGAUGAGUAAGCCACAGAAUAACCUUCACAAUCGGAUUGCGAUCAGCUUUCUGCAUUAUAUACACAACUAUUACACGGAGCGCAAGGAGAUGUGCCGCCUGUUGGCCAAGGAGCUGACCACGCUUAAGCUGAAUGUGCUGAAUAGUUCCCAGAUGAAGGAUGAGAUGCUCGAACUGGCCGACAAGCUUGUCAGUAGCGAACUCGAGCCGCGCAUGAUAAAAAAUAUUGUGGACUUUAAGGACGUGCUCAACGGCAGCUUCAAUCCGCCCGCACGCAAGCCUGAUGGCAACGAAAGUGAAGCGGAUGCGGAAGAGUGUGAGAGCGUGACGGCCACCAUAGCGUCGACAUCGGAGUGUCCAACGCAAGUGCCUGCAGCGCCCGAAAGCGAACCACCUGCAGCAGCCACGGCCAUAACGGAGGCUGCAACAUUAACCGAAGCAGCAAUAACCGAAGGCAGCUCGACAAGAACGUCGCCUUCGACGGUAGCAGUAGCCACGGAGCCCGUGCUGACCACUUUUGGUGCCAACAAUCAAGUGGGCAUACGCUUCCUGCGACGCUCGCUCCACAAUUCCAUCAGUCACUCGGAUGCGGAAAGCAAUUGCAGCUCCCAAACGCCAGCGCCAGAUGCCGAGGCACUCGAAAAGCAGCAACAGCAACAAGAAGAGAUCAAGGAAAUUAGUCGGCGAAAUCUGUGCAGAGACAAAACCAAACAGCGUCUGGAAAAGGCAAUUGCGCGUGCCUCGAAGACGCCCGAAAAGCAGCCUGAAGCGCCAGAAGCUGCAGAAGAAACAUAUGUUGAGGUUGAUGUGGGAGUGGAAGAGGAUGCGGAAAAUGAAGCGGAAAAAGAAGCGGAAGCUACUGUCGCCGCCGAUGUCCCCGAGAUUGCCGUUUCUCCCGCUGAAGAGCAGCACUCCGACUCGGACGUGAUCGUGGACUCGCCCACAGCCGCGUCGCCAGUUGCGAGCACAGCACAGAAUGAAAGUCGCCUACGUUUGCGCUCGAUGCGCAACCGCAACGCAACCGGGACACGCAAUACGCCAGCGGGGGGCAGCAAACGCAAGGUCUUACACCUCGAGAUCCAAACGCCUCUGCGCAAUGGGCGCAAGCGCGUGCUCCGCAAGUCGCUGGCUGCAACGCCGGCGACCUCUUCGCAAUCCUCCGACUCGGCCACAUCCUCGAAGCGCGUCUCGCCGCUACGCAAGCAGCUGCGUUUGGAUGCCAGAACGACCAGAAGACGAAGCAGUGUGGCCGCUUCGCCAGUGCCAAAGACAAUGGCAGCGCCAGCGGCAAAGAGCACAGCCAGUCCCACGGACAGCAGCAGCUCGUCCAUCAAGGAGAACACGGUACCGGCACCUGUUCGUCCACCAGCGCCAACUCCAAAGUCCAAUCACAAAACGCCACAGCGCCACAGUACCAGGCGCUCCGGAUCACAGAUGAGCAGCAGCACGCCCGUGACCAGAAUAAUAACGCGCCAUUCGGCGCGCAGUCUGCGAAUGAGUGCCAUGAGCUUGACCCGUAAACGAAUGUCCCAGGAGCUAAGCAUGACCGAAGGGCACCUAAAGAUGUCUACACCAAAGCGCGUGCGGCAGGACAAAGCAAUGCGCAACAAGUCCACCUCCGGCGAGCGUGCCGCAGUCAACACGAGCAGUUCCAGGAGUGCCACAACGCGCACCCGUGCGGGCACAGCAGAAACCGCAGCUGUGGCAACCCGCACCCGACGCAAAUAGCUGUCACCGGACCCACCCCUUUCCCCUAUCCCCAUCCGCAUCUCAGUGUUUAGAAUUUUGUUUUGUGUAUUGUAUUCGAUUAAGUUCUAUUUUAACAUUGUGCGCGCUUUUCAUGUUCAUUUGACCUUUUGUAAAUUUUAUGUAUAUUACGUAGUCAUGUUUAAA